AAUAUAAAUAUGAAGAAAAAAUAUCAAUUAGUCUUGGUUGACAUUUUGCUUUGCACCUUGAAGUGUCUACACCUACCAUUGCCACCAUUGCUACCACAACUACUACCACCCCCAGCUCUAAACACCACUUCUGUCACAACCACUGUCAUCUCAUUUUCAAGCUCGCAAAAAAUUAAUAACAUUCUGUGUGGAAGUCAUAUUUUGGGAAAAUAUUUUUCUACAAAGCAAAUCGAGUUUGAGUUUGUCAAUGAAAACCCUUGUUCAGUGGGCAGACUUUUGCAAAGCAUUACUUGUGGAAGCAAGGUGGUACAACAAGAGUUACACACCAACCCUAGACGAGUAUCUUGAAAAUGGGUUGGUUUCAUCAUCUGGACCUGUUCUUUCUCUGCUUGCAUUUUUCUCUGUUAUGGAAGAGACAACAAGAGAAGAGCUUGUAGAUCUUUUGGCAAAGAGUGAUGUUCUUGUGCAUUGUACGUCAAUGAUCAUUCGACUUUGCAAUGACCUUGGAACUUCUGCGGCCGAACUAGAGAGAGGAGAUGCUCCAUCAUCAAUCCUUUGUUUCAUGAGAGAAGCCAAUGUCUCAGAGGAGAUGGCCAGGAAGAAGAUUAGAACCACGAUAAAGGAUACAUGGAACAAAAUUAACCAUGAAUUCAUCACCCAAUCUCCUUUUUUGCAACCAUUUGUCAAAUACACUGUCAACACAGCUAGAGUGGCUCAUUUUAUUUACCAACAUGGAGAUGGCACUGCUGGAAAAAUGACUUUUAGCGGCCGACGUUUUUAA